UUUGAGUGAGGUGGUAAAGGAGGAGCACAGGCGGAACUAAAGUUACGGUGAGGACGGCGGCAAAGAGGAGGGAAAUUUAAAAAGUCCGGACUGUUGACAGCCGAACAACUGAGUCGCUUGAAGAAGUCAGUCAGACACAUUACAAUCAUUUAAAACCAACAUAAGCAGCCUGGCAGUAUUGGAUAUAAACCCUUAUGAUUAUUUUCGAAACGACCAUCACAGAAUGGAGACUUACAAUCAGGUUUUAGACUCACCCUCUAAAAACAGCUACAUUGGAAGCUAUUACCAGCCUCCAGACAGGAUACUGCCAACGCCAAGAGAGCUGGAGCGCCCUGCACUCUCAUCCAUCAGCAUGGACUCACUGACGGCCAGCCCUCAUGUCUCGCAGAACAAACCUAAUAUUGACAGCAAAGCUGUCGUGGAUGCACUAAAGACCCUCCAGGAGAAAAUCAGGCGAUUGGAGCUGGAAAGGAAACAAGCAGAAAAGAGCUACCGGCAUUUCUCCCAGGAUGCUCACAAGGAUCAGACGAUAACAACAUUAUACACUGUCCAAAACCAACCAGCAACCAGCGUGCCUGAAACAGAUAACUCUAACAGGAAAGAGCUGGACUCAAAGCUGCAGUCUGCAGAGGCCCGUUGUAAGGUUCUUGAGAAGCAGCUGGAUUACAUGAGGAAGAUGGUUGAAAAUGCCAAAAAGGAGAAGAGUGCUCUGAUGGAGAAUCAGGUUUCACUGCAGAAGCAGCAGCCGAGCAGCUCAGACAACCAAAUUCAGCGGGAGAAGCUGGAGAAACUUGAAUCAGAGUAUGUCAAAUUAAGUAGAACCCAAACUGUGGCAGAGAUGAAGCUUGCCAUUCUGGAGCAGAAACUACUGAAAGAGGAGCAUGAGCGCAAACUUGUACAGGAGAAGGCGGAUCAGCUGCAAAGGGAGCUGGACAUCAACCUUCGAUUGUCUUCACCAACUACUGAGGAGAUUAAGCCAAAGAAGAAAACCAAAAAGACCACCAAGAAAACAUCCAGACAAAAUGAGCUGGCAUCACCAAGUGGCCUCAGGCACAAAAAAAUGCCCUUUGUUGCAGGAACAUCAACAAGCCCGAGCCAUUCGGUCCAUGCCAAUGUACAAAGUAUCCUUCAUAUGAUGAAGCACCACCAGCCUCAGCUGUGUGAACGAGUAAGCGCUUUGCACAGGUCUGGCUGUGGAGCCAAGAGGAGCCUCCAAAAGGCCCUUUCUCCAACUACCACCACAGUUCGUAAGGCUGAAAGGGAGCCAGAACAAUCAGUCGACUCACUGCGCUCGCUGUCUGACCUGCUUCUGGCUCUACAGGACGAGCUCGGGCAGAUGAGCUUUGAGCACCAGGAGUUGGUGCGUCAGGUAGAUGCAAGCCAACAUCGGGAGCAGAGGCAGGAGCUGCAGAGAGCACUGGAGGGGUUGGUUGCCAGAAUGGAGGAGAAGGGAACUCAGAUCACGAAACUCCGUAAACACCAGCAGUCGUUCCAUAAGUGGACCCACAGCACCGAGCAGCAGCCAUGCAGCAAUGAAGACAAGAAGCUGAGUGGGAUCAGGCCACCCGUUCCGUCUCCUGUCAGGACUAAGCAGAAGGGAAAGAAAGGUGUGGCCACUCACAAAAAUCUACAGAUUCUCAGGGAGACACAGAAGUUUCGCAAAAGCCUAAAACAGGACGACCUCUCCUGGGAAACAUGAGUGAAAGAUCUAUCUGUGUCUUACAGCAUGUUUUCUCCUCUUUUCAAAAAUGUCUCUAGACCAACAUAAUAAACGAAAAGAGGGAAUAAAGUGUUGUUGUGUUUCACACUGGUCUUGAUGAUGUGUUAAUCAUAAAAUCUGUUAACCAAUGGAUGAUUGAUUUUAAAUGAAAUCUUGCACAUAUGGGGGUUCUUCAUAAUUAGAGUAUAUAGUUGAUGAACCAUGAUUU